AUGUGCACAACAUACCAAACACAUUACACACGCUGUGAGCGCAAAGGGUAUGGGCGCGGGCUCAAAGGUGACCUUCCCUGCACAGACGAAUAUAUGGAUGAAUGCAGGAAUGCACAAAAGAUCGAUGAGACUUGUGCGGCGCCCACUAUCAAAUGUAGAUGGAUUGAUUUCGAGUGCGGAAAACACGGAGGGCCGAGUCCAUGUGAGAGAGAAAAAAUGAUUAAAGAGAGGAAGGGACAGGGAAAGGAGGAAGGGACGUGGGUGAAGAAGAAGGAUAUGAGAAGUGAGUGUGAUGCGAUGUUUUGUACAAUACAGUAG